AUGCCUUUAAAAAAGGUACUCUAUUUGAGAAUUCAAAUUCAAACAGCAGCGGCAGAAACCUCACUCCCUCUAUACCUCGCCACCCCAAACACCUGGAAUGCUCUAAAGAGCCAGGCACCCCACACCGUAAAAGCCCUCCCCGAAGCCUCCUUCAUGAACUCGACCCUGAUAAAGUUCAACUCUUCCUCGUCUCCGGAAAAACCCAGCCUGACCUAUGAACUCUGCGACUACGCGUUCGUCUCGUCCGUCAGCUUCCGAGUGUCGAACGUCAAACUGUCGUCGGUGGUUGUCAACGAUGAGGCCUUUGUUGGGAGUGUGGGAAAUGGAAACUGGAAACAUUGGCAGAAAUCGGUGGAAACAUUGGCAGAAAUCGGUAGAAAAAUUGGCGGAAAUCGGAGGAAAAAUUGUCGGGAAUCGGUGGAAAAAUUGUCGGGAAUCGGUGGAAAAAUUGGCGGGAAUCGACUGAUUUCGGAUUACCAGAAAUACAAUCUCUACCUGCCGGAUAUGAUGGCUUACGCUGCCCAAGUCUGGGACUGCGUUCCCGCACAAAGAUUAUCAUUGGGAUUCGGUCUAGAGGACAGACAGAUGGACGCUUUGGUCUCACAUUGUCCGACUGUCGAUGGAAUGUUGGGGAUUCAGUGCUGGGAGGAGUUUUAA